AUGGAUUUACAAGAAGAAUUGGCUUAAAAAGAUCAGACAAUCAAAUAACUGGAGGAGGAGCGAAGUAAAUUGUUAUAAGAUGCUAAUGAAUUACAAGCUAAUCAAAUUGCAUUAGAAAAAGAAAUUGCAAGAUAAAAAAGCAAUAUUGCCAAUUAUGAAGCUGAACUUAUUGAACUGCAUAAGGAGAGAAAAUCUUGCGAUGAAUAAAUUCAAAAGUCACAGAUUUAAAUAGAAUCUUAUGAGCAAUAGAUAAUACUACUUAAUGAAGAUUUAAAGAAAGUCACCAUUCAAUGUGAUGAGGCUUUUCAAAAGCUUUAAGAAAUUCAAAGUAGACAUGAAAUUGAAAUUAAAACACUUGCUGAUUCAUUGAUGAUUGAGAAGGAGAAAAUAAAUGAAAUAAAUGAUGAUUAUUAAUUGAUUGUUAAUGGUAAAUAAAGCGAAAUUGAUUCAUUAAAUGAAAAGCUCAAUGAUUUAGAAGAAAAAAUUGAUGCUAAUCUUAAAAAUUACAAAAUCGAGAUUGACUAGCUUAAUAUUCAAAUUGAAUAGACAAAAUAAGAAAAAGACAAUGAAUGGGAAUAGAUUGUUAAAUAAUUGCAGAAUGAAAUUGAUGAUUUAAAUAAAGCAUUAUAUGAAAAGGAAUAAACUAACACCUUUGAAUAAAAAGUCGAAGAAUUAAACUAAUAUAUUUUAGAGUAAGAAUAAUAAUACAUGAAGCAAUUUGAAACUCAAGAAGGAAAAAUGAAAAAAUUGCAAGAUGAUAUAAUAAUCUUAAAUGCACAAAUUCUAGAAUUACAACAAAUAAAUUCAAAUUAACUUUUAGAAUUAACCACGCUUUAGUAGGAGUUACUCCAUAAAAAUGAGAGUUGCUAAACACUUACACAAUAAUUAGAAGAUAUUAAAUAGCAAUUACAAUAAGAAUAAUAAUUAUAAUUGCAAUAACAAUAACUAUACUAAUAAUAAUAAUAAUAAUAAUAAUAAUAAUAAUAAUAAUAACAAUAACAAUCACAAUAACAAUCCUCAUAGUAAAAACAGACUCAAUAACUAAAUUAAAAUAAUAAUAAUGUAUAAGGGUAAAACAAUAACGCAGCAGAAAAAAUGGUUACAAUCCCAAUGAAGGAACUACUAAGCUGGGAUAAAAGGUCUAAAGAUCAAUAACACUAAAUUAAAGCAUUGUCAAAUGAAAUUUAACUAUUGAAAAAUUAACAAGAAGAAUAAUAAAAACUACAAAACUCCAAAUAAAUGAAAAAUAACCUUUCUUUGGAAGGGAUGGUUUAAAAAUGUGCAGCAUUAUAACAAAUUAUCGAUGAAACAAGUUAACAAAACUCAAAAAUUACAUAAGAGUUAAAUACUUACAAACUAUAAAAUCAAUAGCUUAAGGAUGAUUUACACAAUAUUUAGCAAGAACUAAAAGAAUUAAGAGUGAUAGCGCAAGAUAAAUUUCGAUUAGAAGGAGAACUAGCCUCUGCUUAUAUCCAAAUUUCAGAAAACAAAGAUUUGAUGAAAAAAUUAAGUGAACUUUCAUCUAACUAUGAAAAUAAAGAGGAAUAACUUGAAACAACCAAAAAAACCUUAAGAUAGAGUGAAUAAUUAAGGAACAAUUUAUAAAUUAAAUUUGAUGAAAUUACUACAUAAUAUUAGAAGGUUUCAUAAGAAUUAAUAAAUGUUAAACAAGAGCGGGAUUAAAAAAUAAAUAAGUCAAAGGACCUAGAAAAAUUAUUGUAAUCUUAAUUCCAAGAAUAUUCGCUUCUAGAAUAAAAAUACAAAGAUUCACAAAUUAAUUAUGAGGAUAUGUAAAGUUAGGUUAAAAUAUUGGAAAAAAAAUAUUCUCAUGAAACAGAAUAAUUGAAGGACGAUUGUCUUUAAAAAUAAAAGUAAAUAUCUGCACUAGAGGAAUCGAACAAAUGCUUAACUAACGAUCUUCUGGCCAUAAGAGAAUUAUAAUUCAGAUAAAAAGCACCUGAAGCUCCUUUAACGAAAAAAGAAAGGAUUGUUGUUGAAUCUCUUUCAUUAAGAGUAUAAGAACUUGAAUUGGAGAAUAGAAAAACAAAAGACAGCUUAUGUGCUAGAAUAGUUUAACUGUAGAAUGAAUUAGAAUAGAAAACAAACUAUAUCAAUCAGAUUGCUCAUUAAAUAUCAAAAUAAAUUCCCUCUUUAUAAGAAUAAGAUCUAUUGGAUAAGGAGGACGUAAAAAUGAUACAACAUUUAAAAAAAAAAGUUAACAUACAAGACAAAACCCUCAUAGAAAAUUUGUAGCUUAGAGACUAGAUAAAACUGUUGGGAACCGAAAUUAACAAAAGAAAAUGA